AUUACUCUUACAUACCAACUUCAACAUACAUGAACAAGUUAUGUGGCGCACACCAGAAGCCUUUAAUCAAGCAUGUUGUAUUCAAUACAUGAGGAGGGGAAAAAUCUUGAGCUGAGCAGUCAGUCGGCAUUUUAGCGUGCGGAGAGGGACGACGACGCGCUUCGACAGGUAUCUGCGCGCUCUGGGCGUCAUAGGCCUCUAGCUACACCUGCAGUUGCUAACGCUGUGUCUUGUAUUCGUGCUGGUGCCUUUUUUCCCCUGUGAUUUCCGUCUCAUAUUACCGUUAUUCAAGCCAAGAGUCAAGGACCAUCACUCCUGCACUUUCAUGAGCGCGCACUCGAGCGCCCGCUCCAGCCAGCGCUCGAGCUUCAGCGGCUCGCCACGACACAUGACAGUGGACGAGAUGAACCAGCUGUCCAUUCGCAGUCUGGAGGAGCUCAACCAGCUCUCACAGGCCACGCGCCAGUUCGGAGAAGUGUAUUCGGGCAGCCCGGACGCGUCUCGACGCAGCCCAAAGUUCCUACAGAGGCUGUUUGACCCACUGGAUAACAAGAGCGAUGCAGAAUGUUUGUUUCGCGUCCGGAUCUCCGGUAUUCAAUGCCGCAAUCUCCAGGGACGAAGGUUUAGCGGCAAGAGUGACCCUUUUGUCGAGUUUUACUGGGACGACCCGGAGGAAAAAGCUCCUUACGCCACACCUGUGAUCAAAGCGGACUUAAACCCGAACUAUAAAGGAGUGUUGAUCGCCUUUGAGUACAAGGCACCGCUUAAUGCUCUGCAGAAGCGAAUUUUGUCGGUCAAAGUGUUUUCGAAUCGGAAAUUUCACGCGAAACAUUUGAUUGGUCAAACUCAAGUGGACCUGUGGAGUAUUGCGACUGGACCUGUGCAUCAUGAUCACCACUUGAUUGGAUGCGAUAAUGGACGCGUGGUGUUUAACUGCUACAUGGAGCAGUGUAGUGAGUGGAACAUUUCUGUUAGCGACGUGGGAGUUAUGAUGCCUGAGAUUGCGAACGAGCUGGACCGACCGGAAGGACAUGAUUUCCAGGAAGAUGCGUCGUUGCCGCUGAAGAAGUUUGGAGUAAGCUACAAGUGCACGAUCGGAACGAACGAGAAGUUCUACAUGGGUAACAAGCUGAAGCAUGCGAUCAAGCGAGAUAUUGGAGAUAUCCAUGAAGUGAGCUUCCAGUCGCUAGCAAGGCUGGCGGUAUUAUCGUCUCGAGUUUCUAGACCAAAUACGCAACCGAAGGGAGAUACGGGAGCGGAGGACGAAGUUGUUGCUGACUCUCUUGUGGCCCAAGACCCCAUGGCUGUGGAAUGGGCAACGUCUUCUGACUAUCUGCCUCCCAUUACACGAUACAGCACUUUCGAUGAACUCAUGUCGGCGACGCUGACGUUGGAGGUGCGUCAACUGUUAGUUGGACGUGGUCAAAUGUCUACAGAUCCAGACGGGGGAUUUUUGAGCUUGCUGGAAAAGUACAAGAAUGAAACGUUGGCAACACCAAAUAUUGACGUUCAGUUUGAUGAGGAAAUCAAGAACACAAUUUUGUUCGGUCAAACGUGGUUGUCUUUGGAAAAGAUUUUCGAAGAUGCCCUUCAGGAGCGAAUGAAAAAGAAAUACGACGCUGAUCCGAACAGCGGCAUGAACGGUCUUGGGUUCUCUGAGCAGUUUGUCACGAGCAAAUUUGAACAGAGUCUCACAUUAAAGGGACACCAGGUUGGAGUGAUUUACGGUACGAUUCUGUUCAAGCGAAUCCCCGACGUCCGACAGCUGCGAUGUGGUGUAAAUAGCGAGAAUGGUAUUUCGUCGUCGAGUUCGGUGAUUGUGGGAGCUGUCGCGGCAGGCUCAAAGAAAAAUCUGCGCAAAUCCAAGGUGGUGAUCCCAGUUGAAGCUCAACGUGUGUUGGAGAAGAUGCAGGAUCUGGUGGAACUAAUGGCUAAUCGACAAAAAGAUGACAAAGAAGGCAAAGUGCGGAAGGCCACAAAGAUAUUGAAAAUGCUGCAGGUAUCACACAAAGCCUCGAUGUUGUCGUGGGUGUAUGUAUCUGCUGAAGCACUGGAGGAAACGAAGAAUAUCCUUUUGAGACUGUGGCAGUUCCUGCUGGAGAACAUCCGCGUCCGGCACUACACGCUGCGAAAUGUUUUCUAUGAACUGUUGUUUUAUUUAGUGAAGCGCGCCGAAUUGAGUGACUUGCCGUUGCUGGGUUUCGACUCGACUGUAUCAACAACCGUGUUGGGUGCCAAGCAUACGCAUAAAGUCUCGAAGAAAGACCUGGAGUUUGGCUUGAAGUUACGGGCGAUGCUCGUUGAAACCAAGUUCUGUGUGUUGCAGACGGUUUCUGUCCGUGGUGUCAUGAACAACAAUCUCAUGUUCUUCGUGGCGCGAAUGCUAUCGGUGCUUUGCUUCCGGUUACCAAGUUUUGGCGUGGAGCUGUAUCAGUUGUGGUCCGAAUCUUAUAAUGAACCUGUGCCGGAGCUUGCUGCUGAGUUCAGAAUGAAUGCUGAUGCUGAUUUGUUCGCCAUGGACGGAUUGGAAGCCCACCUUGACUGGCGGCGGUUUCACAAAGCCAUCUUUGAUGAGUACGGAGAAAAGGCGUUGCGAAACCAGGAAGAAGAAGCCGAAGACAAGUACGAAGUGACUUCUGAGGCCUGGAAAUCACGUUUCCGUCGGCUUAACGGUGAAGCGAACACCCUCAACAUUCUGCUUGUGGACCAAUGGCUAUGGUAUGUGCUGGAUACUUUGGCUGUCCUCAACCAGAAGAUCGGGUGGAUCCAUUUGCCUGGAUAUACUCAAGUGCUGAUGGUGUUCUUCUUAGAGUUAAAGACGCAGAAGUCCGGCUGGCUCCCACCCACUCUGUACAAACUGUCGUGUACGAUGUUGUCCAACCCGAGCUUGAUCAACCCCAUGACCAAGUUCCUAUUGAGCAGCACGAGCGUACACGAUGUGACCGCGGUCAUCGGCGCCGUGGAACUGCUCGGUGUGUGGAUGUACAUGAUUCGAAGUUGGCGCGUUCGUUUGAGCUCGUACCGACUGUCGCAUCUAGAGAACAACGACCGCUGGAACUUCCAUCAGGACGACCAGUACUCGAUUCCAGCGGGAGAUGAAGUGUCGUUGCUGCCUCCUUCAUUCGACUUCCGCUUCCUAUGCGCUGCUCUGCGUAUUCUAUUGGAUUCAGAGCACACGCAAGUUGUAUUGACAACCCUGGAGUUCUUGUACAACUGCUGGGAUUGUUUCCCAGAGCGACAUGCAGACAAACUGCGUUUCGAGUUGCUGCGGUCUUUCAUCCGACUGUUCCUGCACUGGCAUCGUGAAGUACGCAGUUUCUUCCAGACUCUGAUUGCGUUCCGUGCCAUGAAACCCCACGGGUGGACUCAAAAAGGAGCCUCUUUCGUGAAUACGCCGCCACACAGCCGUCGCCAAAUCGAUGCUGUGGCGGCAGACUUUAACUCGUCUCUUGGCACUGAGGAGCCCAGUGACAGCGGCCGACGCUCGCGAUCUUACAGUGCGAGCAACUUGAUGGAUUCGGUACAUAAACGACUUAGUUCAUCGUCACCGCGCUCGUCUCCUCGUACGUCCCCAUCGCCGUCUCCGCGUAAUUCGGGCUCGAGUUUGUCGUUGACGAUAUCAUCCCCCAACAAUCGCGGCUUUGGUAGUGGUAAUAGCACACCAACUUCGGACUACAAGAGUGGGGACAGCUUCCAGACCAAGACACGCAGUAUCUCGGAAGACUACGUCAAGCACCCAACGCUGCAACCUAAGAUGGAUUCCAACAUCCAGAUGAAGUUUAACCGGCUGCUGGAGUCGAUCUACAUCGCUGCGAAGAAGUACAUCGACCAUCAGAGCGAGAACGGCAACCUUCUACGUAAACAGACGAUGAAGGCAACGUGGAAGAAGAAAGGAAUGCUGCUGAAACAGGGCUUUAUCUACAAGAACACUUGGAAAAACAAGUACUUCUCGCUGCAGAACAACAAGCUAGGAUACGCGGACACGGAACACGGCCCCAUCAAGCGCGAAAUCAACGUCAUUGGUAGCGUGGUCUCGGAGAUGUCGAACCAGCUGGAUCACUCUCAGGGAACACGCGUGGUGCUCUUCAACUGUUUCUCCGUGGAUAGCGGCUACCAGAAGUUUGUUCUGUGUGCUCCGACGUUCGAGGAACAGCGUGAGUGGAUAGAAGUGCUGACCCAGAAUGCCACGGCCGAGACAGCUGAGCGAAAGGACAACGAGACGCUAUCACAACUGGAUCUCGCGGAAGUGUCGGGUCAAUUGGAGUCACUGGCUGGGAAGCACUCGACCUCGGAUGAAGUUCCAGAGAACCUGUUGCCGUACUCGGUGCUGGCUGUGAAAGAGUGGCUGAACUUCCGAGUGACUGCAAUGGAGAUUGAAGGCAAAAUUGCUGCUGGGCAGCCGUUCCAGAUGCCAGUGCUGCUGUCCAAGUCGUCUCUGUAUGCGGAUGAUGACUAAGUGAUGACGAUGGCUAAACUUUGAAAGGGUCAAACGAUUUAUGGAUGCUUUCGAAGACCAUAGCUUCGGUGGCUGUUUUUUUCUUAUCGUUAACAAGUAUAUACAUUGUGGCCACCGUCAACAUGCUAACUCUCGGCUUAGAAUGAGCAUCAACGCCUCCGUGGUAUACGUUGAUUCAGGUCCUGCUCCGGGUGAUGUUGUAGGACGCUGACGCUUGGUUGCAACGAAAUAACUAGAUGCCAGCGAUGUGUUGUUGGAAAAUAAUGUUGUCCAUACGAUCUUUGCUUCAGUGAUGCCUUUU